AUGGACCUGCUGCGGCGGUACUCGCUGGAGUACACCGGCGACGAGGAUUUUGCGUUUUACUUCAUAGUCGUGCAGCUCCCAACGUUGCUGCUCACUGCGGGGCUUUGCAUAUGGAUGCACUCUUCGUAUCAGAAGUUUCUCCACCACGGGGCAAAUGCGCAGAGAGGAGCGAGGCGGGCAGCAAGGACGAUGAAGGAGAGUGACCGAGGCAAGGCAACAGAGGUGAUAAGAAAGAGAGGUGCCUAUGCCACCACCAUCACCAUCAGCAGCAGCAGCAGCAGCAGUGAUACUGAUAGUGAUAGCGACGACUGCAGCACUCUUUAUGAAGAUUUGCCCAGGGUUUCACUAGAGGAACUCUGCAGGCAGUCAGAAUCAAUCACCAAGGCGGAGGACCGAUGA